CGAUGGAUCCGUAACAACCAGAGAGCCGGAGGAUAAAAGAGAGCAGCAACUAGGGCAAGGGGACAGCUGACUGCAUUGGAUACAACCAGGAUCACCUCCCUGUGGACACUGUUACAUCCAUUAUCAAACUGAUGAUGAGCUGGAGAGAUCGGUGAUCAUUCCCAGAAAGGUGACCGUGUAAUGUUACUGUUCCACCUGGAAAGACCCGAUCAACUUAUUUAAGGGGACCAUGAGUCAUUAUCCUAUUCCAACGUCUGCUCGAAACGUUCAGUUUAAAGACCCAACGUGUGAUGAUCCGACUCCAUCCUUUGCUUCAAAGGUUGAGCCCAAAAAUGAUCGUAUCAAUUCAUCCCUCGCUCGAAAGGUUCACUUUAAAGACUCGGUGUGUGAUCAUUUUGCUUCAAACGUUGAACCCGAGAAGGUUCAGAUUGAAGACUCUGUAUGUAAUGAUCUCAAUCCAUCCUUUGUUCCUAAGAUUGAAUCUAAAGACCUUUUGUGUGAUAAUCUAAACUUACCCCAGACUCAGAAGGUUCAGAUGGACGAACUGCGUGAUGAUUUCAAUCCAUCAUUUACUGUCAAGGUAUGUAAAGACAGUGUGUGUAAUGAUCUCAAUUUAUCCCUUGCUCAAAAGGAUGAGUGUAAAGACUUGGUGCGUGAUGAUUACAAUCAAUAUUUUGCGCCAAAAGUUGAGCAUAAAAAGGAAACGAGUGAUGAUGAUCCCAUCCCUGCCGUUGUUGCAAAGGCAGAGUCCAAGGAGAAGUUGUGGUCUCCCUGUGUGAAUCCCGGAAACCCUAUCUUUUCCUGCAUGGCAAAGAUCCCAACAUCUUCAUAUUCCCCAGUUCCGUUCGUUAAACCUCAAAACCCACUUUACAGAACCACCUCUGCGGCAUAUGGAUCCAACCAACCAACUUGUGAAACUGCACCUUCUGUCUACAAACCGUUAUCGCAGUCCUUCUCUGCAAUACUCCUAAGUGGCGGGAUGUACCGUAACCGCUCCUUGAAUACUGGUUCAGACAGGAACAGAGUGCACGAUUUACUUCCAUUUUGAUUUGAUACUCAAAAGACCAAAGGCAGCAUAGCAUGGUUCAAGAGUCCACAUGGUUUUAUCAUAGCCAACUGGAAUAAAUACCAUGGUAAUAUUUGUUGAGUAGUUGGCAUAGUGAAAAGAACAGUUCAUUUUUGUGUAUGGGAGAUUUUUGGGAGAGAAUGUGCAAAACUAUAAUUUAUGUACAUGUAUAUGGAUAUGUGUUUAUAAAUCCUUCAUGCAGUAUA